AUGUGGACUACCGCUCCACUGCCGUAUUACUCGGCCUACAAGCCAAGUCGAAGAAAGGAGAGGGCUACCACCGGCAACAAAGACGCUUCGCCGCCGCCGUCCUCCAUCAACAGCAGACAUCCACCUCCCCUUUCUCUUGUCACAGCUCAAUACCACCCCGACAACAUCACUGAUUUGUUCGAGCCUGCUCUUGAUGGACCGCCAUCACCGGAAAGGAUUCGUGCCCUGAGCAAGCAGAUGCAGAGGGCUUCGGCCGUGGACAAGCACAAGAGUCACACAACCACGUCCUCCGGUUCGUCGUCCUCACUGCGCUCACUCAACUCGGACCGAUCGUGGGAACACACCCUGGAAACCAUCACGCUCUCGAGGCGUUCUUCUGGCCGAUCAACCUCCAGCAGCAUGCCGACCCGGGACCGCCCAGAGAGCGUGCAGCUCUUUGGCAAGACCAUUUUCAACCGGAGGGCCAAGAUGAAGAGGGAAAGCAGCAGUAACCAGAGUUCUUCUGGAAGUUCUUUAUAUUCUGGUGAGCUUGCCCUUGAUGGCCCGACCUCGACAAACAAGGACCAUUUCAUCCCAUCCAUCUUCGGCCGCCGCAGGACUCUAAGACAGGACGACUUAGGUGAUGACCCGGCCAUGGGACGCAAACUGCAAAUAUCGGGCCCGUACAACUUCCAACACGUUACUCACACGCAACGGGACCACCUGCCGGACCUCCAGCGGGGCAGCCGUGCCGAACUGGUGACCGAAUUCUCCGCCAUCCGUGCCGGCCAACGGCCGACUACAGGCCAACUCAGGGGAAUCGACGUUGAAGACCUGCAUUUUUCCAACUUCUCAUCUGAAGCGCUGCACACGCAGCACGAGAGUGCGCCGGCAGGCGAAACUCACGCAGAGCCCCUUCACCGCCCACCUCCCCUUACCCGGCAUACAGGCCCAACCUCGGCGCCUAGGCGGAUGAUUAAACACUCUCGCUCUCAGGAACAACUUUACUCGAGCCCGCCACGACCAGCGCCUCCGCGGCCGCCUAGGUCACCCAUCCGCGAAGAGCCCAUGUCGCCAACUCUCCCGGGCUCGCCCGUUCCUCCACCCAGAUCAUCGAGUCGGAUCGCGAAGCACUACACUGUUUCCCAGGACUCCAUCGCCACCACCGAUAGCGCCCCGGAAAGCCCCCAGACCAGCAGUAGCUUCCAGCACCCCAGCCCUUUCGAAGUAGUACUUGAAGUCGCCGAACCCCCCGCCACUGCUCUGAGCAUCAUGUCCUCUGGCGAUGGUCCGGAGGCGCUGACGGACCCGCGGUUCUCCCACGCAAUCACAACCCCCGACGAUGCGGCAUGGCCGCUCACCGCCAGUACCACCCUCUCUUACGAGAUGGCGUUGCCGGACGUGCCUGAGGAGGAGGAGCAGUAUGUUUUGUCUAGGCGGUCCCGCGGCAGCUUGGUCAGCAUGCAGUCAUCGCUUCGAGGAAGCCAAUCUGUGCCUGUUCUACGACAAGUGGCGCAACCGCAAGACGAGUCUGAACGGCCGUCGAGCGGCGCAUCGGACACGCUGGGCAGCUUCGACAUGCUUCCUGCACAAAACGCCCUGCAGGAGGUCUUGGAAAUAGACAACGUGGCCGAAGUCUCUCACCGAGCCAGCUGGGAGGACGACAUUGAUUAUUGUUACGAGCACGAAGCCGAGGCCAACUGCGAUUAUGCCUGGGACCGCCCAUCCUUGGAUCUGGUAAGGGAGAGCUUCGUCCAGGCCCCCUUCGACACGGACGGCUUGUUUGUGGCGCCGCUGUCUGCUGGUUUGAUGCCGGCACCGACCGGGCACAUGGACAACCUCCCAGCCCUGAGCCCCGCAAGCCAAACCUCGAUCAACGGCCACGAGGCGAUUACGCCGACCAUCACGACGUUGCCUGUGAAGUCCAACUUCUCACACCCGAGAAAGGAGACGAACUACCGGGGGAACUCGCACCUCCACGUGAGGACGGCAUCGCAUGCUUCGAGCUUCAAGGAGUCCCACGGAUUCCACCUGUCGCCAUCGCUUCUCAUUCCCGGAGAUUUCCACCAACAGAUGCUGGCCGACUCGGACAUGGACGCGUACCCGCUGGAGGCAGCGAGACACAACUCGGACCACUUUUCUUUCGACGAGGAGCCCGUCCUGACGAUGGAAACCCCCGGCCUGUUCGCCAGAGACCGCGCCAGCACGUCGACGACUGGCAGCAACUCUUCGAGCCAGACCAGCUCGACCGAGGCGCGGCACACUUCGACCAACUCGACGUGGACGGCGCUGACGAGGUACACGGGAAGCACAACAUUCGAGGGAUGGAACCCCAAGUUCGAGGGCAGCGAGCACUCGCGCUCGUUCAGCGCCGACGACUUGUCCGAGCUCGCACUCGGCUCGCCCCGGGCGCGAAAGUCCACCAUGGCUCCGCUGCCCGAGUCCGAGGAAGUCCUGACCCUGUCUCGUUCCACGGGCGACAUUCGUACCGUCUCGACCCGUCUCGAUGCCAGCCAGUCCCAAGAAAACCUACCGCUCGCCAAGACCAAGGAGGCUGGCAAGCAGCACCGUCGCCAACGCGCGCAAACGCUGAGCGCCCCGCCCCCUCCCGGGCAGUACGCCCUGUUCCCGCCCAUCUACUCCGGCGGCCGCAUCUGA